AUGAAUGAGUUGGAGCUUUUCAGGGGGGACACUGUAAGCGUAACUGGGAAGCGAAGAAAGCAGACUGUCUGCGUCGCCUUAUCUGACGACAGUGUUGCUGAUGAAAGGGUCUGCAUGAAUAGAUGUGUCAGGAACAAUCUUAGAGUUCGUCUUGGUGAUAUCGUUUCCAUAAAAGCUUUCCCAGACAUCAAGUACGGCCAGCGAAUUCACGUUCUUCCCAUCGACGAUACAAUUGUUGGACUCACUGGUGAUUUGUUUGAGGUGUAUUUAAAGCCGUAUUUUUUGGAGGCGUAUCGUCCUGUCACUAAAGGUGACACAUUCCUUGUUCGCGGUAAUCUUCGUGCGGUUGAGUUCAAGGUUAUCGAGACGGAUCCAUCACCAUCGUGUAUUGUGGCUCCGGAUACAGAGGAGGAUGAAAAGUUGACUGAAGUUGGCUACGAUGACAUCGGUGGCUGUAAGAAGCAGUUGGCGCAAAUAAAGGAAAUGGUUGAGCUUCCAUUGCGUCAUCCGCAGCUGUUUAAAGCUAUUGGUGUUAAGCCGCCAAGAGGUAUUCUUCUUUAUGGUCCUCCUGGAACAGGCAAAACUCUGAUUGCUCGAGCAGUUGCGAACGAAAGUGGAAGCUUUUUCUUUUUGAUCAAUGGCCCGGAGAUCAUGUCCAAGUUAGCGGGUGAAUCCGAAUCGAACUUGCGGAAAGCUUUUGAAGAGGCCGAGAAAAAUUCUCCAGCCAUCAUAUUUAUCGAUGAAUUGGACGCAAUCGCUCCAAAAAGAGAAAAAACUCAUGGUGAAGUGGAGAGAAGAAUCGUUUCUCAGUUGCUUACUCUAAUGGAUGGUUUGAAACAAAGAAGUCACGUCAUUGUGAUGGCUGCCACCAACAGGCCAAAUAGCGUCGAUCCGGCUUUGCGUCGGUUCGGUCGUUUUGACCGUGAGAUUGAAAUUGGCAUUCCAGAUGCCACAGGUCGUUUGGAGGUUCUCCGUAUCCAUACCAAGAACAUGAAACUUGCUGAGGAUGUUGACCUGGAACAGAUCGCUAACGAUGCUCAUGGCCAUGUUGGUGCUGAUCUCGCGUCGCUAUGCUCAGAAGCCGCUCUCCAACAAAUUCGUAAUAAGAUGGAUUUGAUUGAUCUCGAAGAUGAGACUAUCGACGCGGAAGUUUUGGACUCUCUUGCUGUAACGAUGGAGGACUUCCGAUGGGCUCUUGGGAAGAGCAACCCCUCCGCUUUGCGGGAAACUACAGUUGAAGUUCCCAAUGUUACCUGGGAAGAUAUUGGUGGCUUGGAAAAUGUGAAGCGAGAGCUACAAGAAAUGGUUCAAUACCCGGUGGAACACCCUGACUUAUUCCUCAAAUUUGGGAUGACCCCUAGUAAGGGUGUCCUUUUUUAUGGACCUCCUGGAUGCGGCAAAACUUUAUUAGCCAAAGCUAUUGCUAACGAAUGCCAAGCGAACUUCAUCAGUAUCAAGGGUCCCGAGCUUCUGACAAUGUGGUUCGGUGAGUCGGAAGCUAACGUAAGGGAUAUAUUUGAUAAGGCGAGGCAAGCGGCUCCCUGCGUUCUUUUCUUUGAUGAGUUGGACUCCAUCGCCAAGGCUCGUGGUGGUAGCGUUGGUGACGCUGGUGGCGCUGCAGAUCGGGUAAUUAAUCAGCUGCUGACCGAGAUGGAUGGAAUGUCUUCGAAGAAGAAUGUUUUUAUAAUUGGCGCUACAAACAGGCCUGAUAUUAUUGACGGCGCCAUCCUCCGACCGGGUCGUCUCGAUCAGUUAAUAUACAUUCCUCUGCCGGACGAGAAGUCUAGAAUUGCCAUAUUCAAGGCGAAUCUACGGCGAUCGCCUGUCGCCAAGAUCCGGUUUGUGAUUGAAAGAGGAAGAAGUGUCUUCCACGAAAGCAUCAAUAGCACUCGUCAAUAA